GUGGUACUCAUUCAGUCGGCAGCAACCACUAGUCCACUGGUAUCUCAGGACACAGGGACUAUUCUUCUCCGCUCUUCCUUUAGCCUCUUUUGUCUCUCUCUUCAUUGUUCCCGGAGAUCCUUUCCUCGGACUUUGAAGAGGAUCCUGUCCUCCAUCUUGUCUCUUUGUUCCUUUUUCUUUCUGAUCGGUGGCUGGUGGUUCGUUUGUCCGACGGCAGCUGUUCCUUUUAGUAAACUACUCCAGGAUAUUCUCCAGUACUUACUCUACCUUUACUGCUUGCUACUAACGUUGUUUCUUCUCUUUGACUCGGUGGUUUAUUUGUCAAAGGAGGUCAGAGAGAGGUUGGGAUAAAAUGGCUGACGUCGCUGUCUUGCAUCAAACAGACAUCCCCUCCUCUAAGCUGCCUUUUCUUUCAGAGGAAACGGCGUCCCUCCACACAAAGAAACCAACCCAAUCGUCUUUAAGGAACACGUCACGAUCAACCAGCUCUACCAGCAAGACAAUGGCUUGGAAUAAAAACACUAACAAUGCUGCCGCCGGGUCUGGAACUGGUAGCAGCAGCGGGUCCGGUAAUGAUAAAAAUCAGGGGCCCACCAGUGGGGGAGUUUCAUCCAGUAUCGGGGACAAGAAGAAUGCUAGCGUCAAGCAGCAGGUUGAAUCCGGUAUAGAUAUACCGCAUAUGGAUCAGCAAUGGGAGAUAAUCCAAGAUUCAGGCAGUUGGCCAGCUCUUAGUGAAUCCAGCACUCACCCUACUACUACUGCCCCUCCCCCUCCUGCUGUUGCUUCUUCAAAGGAGUCUCCACCAUUAAAGGAUCAGAAAAAGCCAACUGAAAAGACUGAUCCAGCUAAUAAAAGUCCAAACUCAACUGCUAGUCUUCAAGACAAUGACCAGAAGCUUAAUGGCAGCAACAGUGGCAAGAAGAAAGGUGGUAAUAAGCAGAAAUGGGUUCCCCUUAAUAUAGAACCCAGCCGUCCAUCAGCGAGAGGGUUUUAUCGUCACCGUGGAGAGUCCCGUGACCAUUGGCACUCGUACGGCGGAGGAAAGAGAGGUGGAGGAGAUAAAGAUUUUAAUGAUAGGGACAGACGAGAGAGAGGAGGAGGAGGAGGAGGUCGUUUUGAUCGAGGGAGAGACCGAGAUAAGCCGCACCGCCCACUGAGGUUUGAUCGGGACCACACCUACAAGUCACGGGAUCAUCGUGGGGGCGGGGGAAGUGAGCAUUAUUUAGAAGACGGCGAGGGCGUGUAUCAUAAUGGACGUGGGGGAAAUUGGACAGGAGGAGUGGGAGUUGGCGGAAAUGCUGCAGCUGGGUAUCAGUUUCCAGGUAGCAAUGUUCCCACAAUGUAUUACGAUGGAGGUGGACUAACUGGGAGUUCCAAUGUCUUCUACUCUCCUUAUAACGGACCCAUAAUGUACACAGCUCCUAUACUGUCAGUGGACGAUGGGACUCUUAAAGAAUACAUAAAGAAACAAAUUGAGUAUUAUUUUAGCGAUGAGAAUCUACAGAAAGACUAUUUUCUCAGAGGCCAGAUGGAUGAUUCAGGAUACGUCCCACUGGUAGUGAUCAGUAGGUUCAACAGAGUGAGGGCUCUCUCUCAAGACAUAGCUACCAUUAAAGAGUCACUGCAAGGUAGCCAUGUCCUGGAGAUGAAGAACGAGAGAGUGAGAAGGAAAGGAAACUGGACUAGGUGGCUCAUGGGGAAAGAUGAACAACCUCCGCCUGUGACUCACAAAGGUCCCCCUCACCAUCACAUCAACCCCUACUAUUAUAAUCCAGCUGCUACUAACAUCUACACCCACCACCCACCGAACACUGGCACUAACACACACCAACAGUCACGCGGCCAUUACUACACCCACAAUGCAUCAACUGGUAAUAAAGGAUCAACUGGUCAUCAUGACAAGUAUCAGCACAGGACCAAUGCUGGUAACAGUAAGAGUAGUGCCACUACUCCUACUCUAUCUGCUCCUGGUAAAACAAUUGCUAAGAGUGACAAGGAGAAUAAUGUUGGAGAAGAACCUGAUUCAGUCCCCACAGUGUCUCAUUCUUCAUCAGACGUGACCACACCUGCCCCUAGCGUACUAGAGUGUCCUGCUAGCGACAAAGGGAAAGAGAUAACUCCGCCUGAUGGUAUAGUACCUCUUGACUCUCCGCCGUCUUCACAGACCGGGAAGAAAGAAGGAGAAGAGAAGGGAGAGGAAGGAGAAAAGAGUGAUGCUUCAAAGAAGACGGAUGGAGAGUGGAUGGCCGUGCAAAGGAAAAGGAAAGGACUCAAGACAGCAGAAGGAGGAAAAGUUGCUCAAAGAGUUUUACAAUUUCCGGAGCCUUCGGCUGAGGGUAACGAGGAGUUGACCUUUUCUCUUGAUGAGGAUUAUAAUCUUGGAGGAAAGCAAAAUAACUUCACCGAAGGACUUGGUGAGGAGCCUACUGACGCUGAUGGUAUGCCAGAGGACGAUUUGACUGACGAUUUUGUCAAAAAAUUAUUAAUCAUCACUCAGUCGUCUCGUGCCUCGUCACAUGACCGGACAGGAAACCACACCCCUCGCUCCAAACUGACGGAAGAGAUAUCUCAAGCAAUCAGCGACGGUCUCUACUUUUAUGAACAGGAUAUGAUGGUUAAUGCUGAAAUGACUGCCACUACAAAUGCUUCUGCCAUCAGAUCAAAACUCUCCGUUAUAUCGCAGGCCGAGUUUGAGUCUCAGAGAGGACAAAUUAAAGAGGAGAGCGAAGGUCUCCCCGAGGACGACCUCCAGUUUGAUCUUGAUGUUCAAGAUGGCGGAGAGAGACAAGCCUCAUCAGUCUCUUCUCCUCCUCCUCCUCCCUCCCCCUCCAAUCAAGCCGUUGCCUCUCCUGGUACUAAGGAUAAUGUGACCACUGCUAGUACUCCUCCUCAUCCUUGGCUGGAGCAAAGGGCUAGAUUCUAUCCAGCACCUAUUCUGCCUAGCAAAGAGCCAAAGUUGUGUGCCAGCUACAAGACCAAGUGCUUCCCCAAUCCACCAACAGAGGAGCAUGUUGGUUGGCUAUUGGCUAAUAAACCCAGCGGUAUCAGAGCUCGUACCGAUUCAUACGGUACCUCACCCGGGGAUAGUUCUUCACCAGCUGCUUAUUCAAUACCGCAGUUUCAACAUCCUUCACAUUCUCUACUGAAGGCUAACGGGUUUCAGCAACAGCGCUAUGAUAAAUAUCGCUAUCAGUGUCUUAAAGAGCGAAAGAAGCAUGGUGCUGGUAGAUCAUCUGCGAUGAAUACUCUUUUCCGCUUUUGGUCAUUCUUUCUUAGAACGCACUUCAACAGGAAAAUGUUUGACGAAUUCAGAUCUCUUGCCCACGAAGACGCUCAGGCAGGAUACAGGUAUGGCUUAGAGUGUCUGUUCAGAUUCUACAGUUACGGGCUUGAGAUCAAGUACAGACAAGAAGUUUUUGACGAUUUUGAGAAAGACACCAUCACCGAUUUCCGCAGCAAUCAUCUUUACGGCUUAGAGAAAUUCUGGGCCUUCCUUAAUUAUUAUAAAGGAAACCAUGUAAUAUCGAUAUCUUCGGAGCUUAGUGACAUUUUAUCCAAUUUUAAGACGAUUGAUGAUUUUCGAACUGCUGCUGACAAAAAUCUGAAACUUGGCAGACAGCAGUAAACCCAUCUCUUUCUCUCCUGAGUCUCUCUUAUAUCAAUUCUUUCUUGGCUUUCUAUCUAAUACUAAUGCUUCGUCUCAUUGUCUCUAACUAGGGAAAUGUGUUGCUUCUGUCUUUAUCACUUCUCCUAUAGCUUUUACCUUCCACUGAUUAUUAUCUUAAAUGGUAAUAAUUGAAGUUGCAGUUUCUCCUUUUUCUGAAAUCCUUUUCUCUUUGACCGUGUGCCCAUUCACUCAAGUCUGGCUAUUAAACUUGUGAUAUUUUGUAAAUAUAUUAUUAUUAUUAUUAUUAUUAUUAUUAUCGUUACUAUUAUUGCUAUGCGUCUUAUAAUUACUUGCUGAUACUGUUAAUUAUUAUUUAUUACUAUUUAUCUCCUUACACACAAUAAAACUGACUGUCCCUAAUUCACAUUACGUUUACUAUUAUUAUUAUUAUUAUUAUUAUUAUUAUUAUUAUUAUUACUAUUAUUAUUAUUAUUAUUUCUAAUUACUUUCCUGUCCUAAUUUUACGAUAUUGUAUG